AUGACGGGAUCUGCUGCGAGACAGGACAAGUCUUCGGAGGAGAGUGAAUACCUGCUGGCAAUGGUGAAAAAGCUGCAGAAAGAGGGAAGCCUGGAGCCCCAGAUUGAGGACCUGAUUAACCGGAUUAACGAGCUUCAGCAAGAGACACUGAGGAUCCUGCAGCUGCACUGUCAAGAGAAGGAAAGUGAGGUUCAGAAGUUGGAUGUCGAAGAACAGCUGAAGGAGCUGAUGGGCCAGCACAAGGACCUCUGGGAAUUUCAUAUGCUGGAGCAGCGAUUGGUCCGGGAGAUCAGUGCCCUGGAGAACAGCAAGGCACAGUUGCUUACCGAGGAGAUGUUGGUGCGGGCAAAGCUGGAAGACGUGGGACGGCAGCUGUGCUCCGCGUCUGAGGUAGUAGGCUCCCCACCGGUGAGCGACGGGCCCCUCCUGAGCCACCCGGAGGCCACAGCCGUCGGGCUGAAGGCGGAGCUAGAGAAAUUGGAGGGGCAGAUCCCCGCCCAAGCCCAGAGCGGCCCAGAGGAAGAGGCCGGCAAAAGCGACGCUGGCUCGCAUCUCCUUGGCGCCACCCGCGAGAAGAAGGAUCUAGAGCCGCGGGGAGAACUGGCGUUCACGCCCCCCUAA